AUGACCUCCAUGAUGAUAUUUAGAGGAGUGGAGGUGGGUGAAGAAGCCACAGCCACCGUAUCCAUAGCAAAAGCUCAAAGCACAGAGCAACGUAGAAAAGGAGCAGGGAGUCCUUCAUUGUCUCUGAGAGUCACAGAUUUUCAGCUCAUUUUUCGUUUUGGCCUAGAUUUUCUGCAACCUCCAUGGUUGCUCAUCUGGCAGCACUCAUCGACGCUUUCGUUUGAGCAAACCAAUUUGAUCCCGUAUGCAUGUUGCAAUUCUGAAUUGUGGUUGGAUCUUAAUAUUGCUAGCAUAGCACAAGUGCGCUUACUUUGCCCUGGUCUAGAAAUUGGGAUUGGGGCAGCAAAGCUUGUUAUAUCUGUGCACCCUGGUGCAGGACAGUGUAAAACUUGGGUGCGUCAUGGAGAGCUCAGAGUCAAGGGCUUCAAGAUGAGCCCUGUAUCAUUAGUCACUACUCGAGAGAAACGGUCGAGGGAGAGAAAGAGAGGAAGGAGGCUACAGACUUUAAAAUUAUUUUCAAGUCCAGCUAAUGCAGCGUCGGGAUUUGCUGUGGAUGAUGACUGCAAGCUGAAGUUUCUGGAAUUGAAGGCUAAAAGAACGUACCGCUUCAUAGUAUUCAAGAUUGAGGAGGAGCAAAAGCAGGUGAUUGUGGAGAAACUUGGCGAGCCAGCUGAAAGCUAUGAAAACUUUACUGCAAGCCUUCCCGCUGAUGAAUGCAGAUAUGCUGUCUAUGAUUUUGACUUUGUGACUGAGGAGAAUUGUCAGAAAAGCAGGAUUUUCUUCAUUGCAUGGUCUCCUGAUACAUCAAGGGUGAGAAGCAAGAUGAUUUAUGCAAGCUCCAAGGACAGGUUCAAGAGAGAACUGGAUGGUAUACAAGUAGAGCUGCAGGCUACUGAUCCGACUGAGAUUGGUCUUGAUGUUAUCAAAAGUCGUGCCAGCUAA